AUGUCCACACAAAAACACGUCGUCUUCGACGUCGUAGGCACAUGCGUCUCGUUCGACGCCUACUUUAACGCCAUCGACCGCGUGCUAGGCGACCGACUGCGCGCCAACAACAUCACGCCGCAAUUCUUCGGGUACAGCUGGAUGACAGCCGCAGAGCUAGAGUUCACCUUCCUGUCAAUUUCCGAGCGUCACAAGCCAUACAAGCACAUCCUUGAAGCGGUCUUCUAUCGCACGCUAUAUAUGGCGGGAAUCAAAGACCCCCGCGCGCUGGCUACCGAGGCUGAGCGGGAUGAGUGCAUUCAGGGCUACUGGAGUCUUCAGCUGCGACCUGGGAUUAAAGAGUGCUUCGCGAAGCUUCGAGAACAAGGGUUCACGAUCUGGUGUCUGACGACGGGCGAUAUCGCCCGGGUCAAGGGGUAUUUUGAGCGCGGGGGCGUGGACAUGCCAGCGGAGAAUGUCAUCAGUUGCGAUAGCAAGGGAGUUGCGAAGCCAGCGUUAGGCGCAUACCGACCCGUCUUCGACCAGUUUGCGACCGGCGAUGAGAGAUGGUUUGCCGCGGCGCACAUGUGGGAUGUCUCGACUGCAGUCAAGGUCGGAUUUCGCGGAGCUUAUUGUACGGUCUACGAGCAAGAUCCGUGCCUGGAGAUCUUCGAUACCAAGAUGGAUGUUAUCGCGGAUAGUUUGGUGGAGAUGGCCGAGGGGAUCGUCAAGGCUUCGGCAGCAUGA